CUAUCUCCACCUCGGACAAUAAAUCAACCAUUUGUGUUGAGGAGUCACAACAGUACAGACAGGAACCCGGUAGUUAAAUGCCAGUGGGUUGUGGUAAUAACAGAGCGAGUCUAACUCUGAUGGGUUCGGUGGAUACGUGUUGCCCGGUCAGCAAGUGGUGCGCCAUCAGUGUGGUUCUAGCCAUGGUCUCCGUGACAACGAUUGUCACUUUGUGGACCCUUACCCUCACUGGCAUUGAGGCUCGUACUCCUCCAUGGACCAGCCACCGUCUGCCCACCACGCUGAAGCCCCUCAAGUACACCGUGACCCUGUGGCCCCGCCUCACCCCUGACCCCAACGGCCUCUAUCUGUUCACAGGUAACUCCACGGUGGAGUUUGAGUGCGUGGAAGAGACGGAUCUCAUUCUGAUCCACUCCAACCGGCUCAACUACACCGUUCCGGAGAACAGACACCUGGGCGUAGUCAGUGCUCCAGACGGCGUGUUUGCCCCGGGGGUCAGGUUGUCCUGGCUGGAGGGUUCCACUCAGUACCUGGUCCUGCAGCUGUACAGUAAGCUAGUCAAGGGACAGAGGUACCGGCUGUACACUGCGUUCACCGGGGAGCUGGCCGACGACCUGGCCGGCUUCUACAGGAGCGAAUACCUUGAGGACGGAGUGAAAAAAAUUGUCGCCACCUCUCAAAUGCAUCCAACUCACGCAAGAAAGACGUUCCCGUGCUUUGAUGAGCCUGCCAUGAAAGCAGUCUUCCACAUCACUCUGAUCCACCCACGGGGGACCACAGCGCUCUCCAACGGCUUUGAGACAAAUGUCACCGACACCAGAAUCAGUGAAGUAGAUGUGACCCGCACCACGUUUGAACCCACCGAAAUCAUGUCUUCCUACCUGCUGGCACUGGUCGUGUGCGACUACUCCAACCUGUCGGCUCAGCAAGGAGACACCCUGAUCCGCAUCUGGGCACGUAGGAGAGCCAUAGAGGAGGGACACGGAGACUAUGCUCUUAGUUUAACUGGUCCAAUACUGGACUUUUUCCAAGAGUACUACAACAUUACCUACCCACUGUCCAAGUCAGAUCAGAUAGCCCUCCCAGACUUUUAUUUCGGUGCGAUGGAGAACUGGGGCCUGGUGACGUACAGAGAGACCAACCUGCUGUAUGACCCCUUGACCUCCUCCAACCGCAACAGAGAGACCACUGCCACCAUCAUCGCCCAUGAACUGGCCCACAUGUGGUUUGGAAACCUGGUGACUCUGAAGUGGUGGAAUGAGGUCUGGCUCAACGAGGGCUUCGCCUCCUACGUCUCCUACCUGGGCGCAGACAAGGCUGAACCCUCCUGGAGAGUGAAAGACUUGAUAGUUCUGGAUGACAUCCACAGGGUGUUUGCCGUGGAUGCCCUGGCCUCCUCCCAUCCCCUGUCCUCCCCCGAGGACAGCAUUGUCCUCCCCCACCAGAUCGGGGAACAGUUCGACGCUAUCUCCUACAGCAAGGGUGCCGCAGUACUGAGGAUGUUGUCAGACUUGCUCUCAGAGAAGGUUUUUGUCCAGGGACUCAGUAGCUACCUGAAUCACUUUGCCCACGGCAACACAGUAGGGGCAGACUUGUGGGAGCAUCUUCAAAAGGCGGUGAAGCUCAACGGAGUGGUCCUACCGGGUACGGUCCAAGACAUCAUGAAUCGCUGGGUGCUCCAGAUGGGCUUCCCCGUGGUUACCGUGGACACCACCACGGGUAUCGUUUCCCAGGAGCACUUUCUGCUAAGCCCAGCGCCCAACCUGACAUCUCCAUAUAACUAUGAGUGGCUGAUCCCAAUCAGGUGGAUGAAGUCAAGUGGGCUGCAGAAAGACCUCCGGUGGUUAAUGAACAGCACAGAGGUAAACAUGGAUAUGAAGACGGCCGGUGACGAAUGGGUCCUGGCGAACAUCGACGUGACCGGUUACUACCGGGUCCACUACGAUCGUGGGAACUGGGACAAGCUCAUUGGUCAACUCAAGGCUGACCACCAGGCUAUCCCGUUGAUCAAUAGGGCCCAGCUGGUGGACGACGCCUUUAACCUGGCCAGAGCCGCCAUAGUGCCCAGCACCCAUGCCCUACAGACCACCAUCUAUCUGUCUGCAGAGAGAGAAUACAUCCCCUGGCAGUCAGCACUGGAUAAUAUGCAAUACUACUACCUCAUGUUGGACCGCACUGAUGUCUACGGGCCAAUGCAGGACUACAUGAGGAGUCUGGUUACUCCUCUCUACCUGCACUUCAAUGCAACAUCAGGAUGGACAAACGUCCCAGAGGGACACACAGACAAGUACAACCAGGUGAAUGCGCUCAGCCUGGCCUGGAGUACUGGACUCAAGGAAUGCCAAAAUCUGACCACCAGUUUGUUCAGACAGUGGAUGGACAAUGCUACUCACAAUACGAUCCAUCCCAACUGCGAUGGCGGUGUGUACUGCAGCGCCGUGGCAGCAGGGGGUGCUGCAGAGUGGGAGUUUGGCUGGGAGCAGUUCAAAUAUGCGACCCUCGCCAGUGAUGCCAGCCGACUCUUGUCGGCUUUAACCUGCAUGAACAAGAUGCUGCUGGAGAAGUUUCUGUCUUACACCCUGCAGCCGGCUAUGAUCCGUAAGCAGGACGCCACCACCGUCAUCACCUCCAUUGCCAGCAACAGAGAGGGCCAAGACCUGGCCUGGGGCUUCGUCAGGGACAACUGGAACUACAUCUACACCCAAUACGGCGUGGGCUCCUUCAACUUUGCUGCUCUGAUCAGUGGAGUCACCACAAGGUUCUCGACCGUGGAGGAACUGCAGCAGCUUGUAGAGUUUAAGCAGAAGCAUUCAGCUACUGGAUUCGGGUCAGCGGAGCUGGCCUUGAAUCAGGCGUUGGAGAGGACUCAGGCUAACAUCCUCUGGCUACAGCAGAAUAAACAGGAUGUCCUCAGUGGUUCACCAACCAGACACUAACCCACUAACACCACCACACGAGAGAGAGAGAGAGAGAG